AUGAGCGUAAGCCACUCACUGGCUGAUGAUUGUGGGCUGGAGACCUUGCGGCGUCAGGAUGCGCCGCUUCUGCCGCAGGCGCCGGGGGUCCACGUACUGCAGCUCGGCUCGAGCCGCGAGGGGGCGCCGCAGAGCGCUGAGGCCGUCCCGGAGCCCGUGGCGUCCCAGGGCGGUCUCCUCAGCCUCCGGGUCUGGCUCCUGCUCCUUCAGCCCCGGCUCAGCGAUGCCCAGCUGCCACCUCGAGGGGUUCUGGGACCGUCGGGGGCCCUGGAAUCCCGUAUUGCUGCGGUAGUCCCCGAUUUAGUGGGGCUUACGCUGGGUGACUCUGAUUCCUACAAGGCUCUGAUCCCUCCAAAUACACCAGCACCAGAAGACAGCAAAGAGAAACAGCUCUUUCCUUCAGUAUGCGGCCGUCGGAUGGCCAGGAUAGUUGGUGGAAUGCCAGCCCGAGAGAAGAAGUGGCCUUGGCAGGUGAGCCUGCAGGUCAAUAAUCAACACAUAUGUGGAGGCUCCCUCAUUGCCAGUCGGUGGGUGCUGACUGCGGCCCACUGCAUAUACGGCCAUGUGGAAUACACAGUGAAGAUGGGAGACAUACGUUUGAUGCACACCAGAAAGGCAAUCGAGGUCCCAGUCCAAGACAUCGUUAUCCACAAAAAUUAUAAUCCUGUUGGAAUAACUGAACAUGACAUUGCCCUUGCUCUGCUUGCCUUCCCUGUGAAUUAUUCCUCGAACAUCCAGCCUGUGUGCCUCCCUGAAAAGGCUUUCAUGGUCCAAGAUGGUACAGAGUGCUGGGUAACUGGAUGGGGAAAACUGGAUGAAAGAGAAGACCCAAAUUCACCGACACCCCCGCUCCAGGAGGCUGAGCAAACCAUUGUUCGCUAUGAGAAAUGCAACAAAAUGCUCAAAGAAAAGUUGGGAAGUUACAGGGACAUGGUCAAGAAGGGGACCAUCUGUGGUUCCAGCUCCAAAGGAAAGGAUUCCUGCCAGGGAGAUUCUGGGGGUCCCCUGGUCUGUGAAAUUGAUGACGCAUGGAUCCAGGUGGGGAUUGUAAGCUGGGGCAUUGGCUGUGGUCGCAGAGGGUAUCCAGGAGUUUAUACAGAAGUGAGUUUCUACAAGGAUUGGGUCGUUGCUAGAGUGAGUCAGGCUUCUCGUCUGGACUCAGCAGGUGUCUUUAUCCCACCUCUGUGUCUGGUGCUGCCCCUGGGCAUCCUGGUGACCCCAUGAUCACCCUGGCCCAGGGCCCUCCUAGUUCUGAGUCUCACACUAGCCCUGCCUCUGACCUCCACACUACUCAAUGCCCUUCCUUGAUUCUGUUUGGGAUCCACUGACCCUGUGGAGAUACACACGACAGAGACUGGCAGCAAGUCUGGAGCCCCGACAUUGUCCCGGUCUGGAGCUCC